AUGAGAGGGGAAAGCUCAGUCAGCCAUGUUCCUCCAGAGUGUGGUGUACGUGAUGUUGGUGGGCGCGGGCGUGACCAUGGGACGCCCGCAGUACGAGGACGCCCCCACAUCCCCCAGUACGUGCCCCCGCCGCCCCCCGCCCCAUACCACCCACCCCAGCAAAAGGAGGAACCCAAGCCCUACGCGUUUGACUAUGGCGUUAAGGACACGUACUCCGGAGCCCAGUAUGCCCACGCUGAGAAUUCCGACGGGCAGGAGGUGACAGGGUCGUACUCUGUAGCACUUCCUGAUGGUAGGAUUCAAACUGUCCAUUACGUGGCUGAUCACCUUAAUGGAUUCCAAGCUAGGGUGACUUAUGAGGGUGAAGCCAAGUAUCCUGACAUCCCAGAAGCCCCUGCAUCUUACCACCCUGCCCCUGUGUACCAGCCACGCCCCCAGCCCCCUGUGUACCUCCCCGCUCCACCUGCCUACCUGUCUGGCAAGGAGGAGGAGCAGCAAGUGGAGCAGCAGGUGGUGUAUGAGCCAGUGGAGGCCUCAGAUGCUAUAUACAGGGAUCAAGUGGAGGAGUAUGUCUAAGUGGAGUUAGUGGAGAGUGAUGUUAAGGCUUCAAGUGGAUCUGAGGCCUUGAAUUGGGUUUUUAGUGGAGUUAGAUGUGGUUCGGUGAGUGACUGGUUUUUUUUUUUAUAUAAUAAGACAAUAAUGGGUUGCCAGUGGUGUUGCAGCCUGGUUCAGUGGACGAGACCAAAAUAUCGAGUUUUCAGUGGAUUAGACAGCAAAUAUAGGGUUUUCUAGUGGACUAAAAGCAAAAUAUCAGGUUUUCAGUGGAUUACACAGCAAAUAUAAGGUUUUCUAGUGGAUUAGAAGCAAAAUAUUAAGUUUUCAGUGGGUUAGACAGCAAAUAUAGGGUUUUCUAGGGGAUUAGAAGCAAAAUAUUAAGUUUUCAGUGGAUUAGACAGCAAAUAUAGGGUUUUCUAGUGGAUUAGAAGCAAAAUAUUAAGUUUUCAGUGGGUUAGACAGCAAAUAUAGGGUUUUCUAGUGGAUUAGAAGCAAAAUAUUAAGUUUUCAGUGGAUUACACAGCAAAUAUAGGGUUUUCUAGUGGAUUAGAAGCAAAAUAUUAAGUUUUCAGUGGAUUAGACAGCAAAUAUAGGGUUUUCUACUGGAUUAGAAGCAAAAUAUUAAGUUUUCAGUGGGUUAGACAGCAAAUAUAGGGUUUUCUAGAGGAUUAGAAGCAAAAUAUUAAGUUUUCAGUGGAUUAGACAGCAAAUAUAGGGUUUUCUAGUGGAUUAGAAGCAAAAUAUUAAGUUUUCAGUGGGUUAGACAGCAAAUAUAGGGUUUUCUAGUGGAUUAGAAGCAAAAUAUUAAGUUUUCAGUGGAUUAGACAGCAAAUAUAGGGUUUUCUAGUGGAUUAGAAGCAAAAUAUUAAGUUUUCAGUGGGUUAGACACCAAAUAUAGGGUUUUCUAGUGGAUUAGAAGCAAAAUAUUAAGUUUUCAGUGGGUUAGACAGCAAAUAUAGGGUUUUCUAGUGGAUUAGAAGCAAAAUAUUAAGUUUUCAGUGGGUUAGACACCAAAAAUCGGAUUUCUAGUGAAUUUUAGAGCUAUUACCACGUUUUCAAGCCUUGUUUCAGUGGAUAAAACAGAAAAUAUCGGAGCUUGUAGCAGAUCUGGCACAAAAUACCGGGUUUGUACUGCACCCACGUGACACGAGUAGUGAUGACGUCAUGCAGGUGGUGAUGGUGGUGGUGUCAACAAAGUGACGUCAUCAUGUUAACACUGCAGGUGGCGGUGGUGGUGGUAAUGGCACACUAAGGAACUCAAACGAGGAACAAACAGCAAAAAUGCCUCCUGUCCCUCACAAUGUUCAAUUUUGGACGAGAGUAAAGUGACAGUAAGAUAGAAAAGUUAAAGAUUCCUCCCCACCAAUCCUUCAUCCACUGCCACCACCAUCAGAUAGUACUGGAUAAGGCCCCUCCCCACCCACCCCACCCACCCCACCCACCAUCACCACCACCACCACAAAACAACCUUCCCUCUUCGUUAUUUAUUGUAUUACUUUCAUUAAUAUUAAGAAACAUACAAAAAUAAAAUAAAAAAAUUGAACACGUAGCAUAGGAAAAAUAUAAAUAAAUGCACGAACUGUUAGAAAAAAACAAAAACAAAUCCAUUAAUGAGGAAAUACAAAAAAAAGGAGAAAAAUGAAUAUAAAAGAGGUUUAUCACGAAAUUAAUAUAAAAGUAAAACAGAAAAAUGAAAAGAAUACCGAAAAAAUUAACAAAAUAAAACUUCAAAUUCGAAGGAAAAUAAAACAAAAAUUAAGGAAAAAGAUAAAAUAAAAAAAAAUAUAUAGGAAGAAAACUUUGAUCAGAAAAAUAAUACAGAAAAAUAAAAUAAAAUAAAAAAAUAACAAGCGAAACAAGAAGAAAAUAUAACUUAACAAAACAGAAAACAAAAAAAUAACAAAAACAAAUAAAUAAAACUUCAAUAAAUCGGCAAAAUAAAUAAACAAAUAAAUAAGUAAAUAAAUAUAGAAAAAAGUUAAAUAAAGCAACUCUCUCACUCUCUCUCUCUCUCUCUCUCUCUCUCUCUCUCUCUCUCUCUCUCUCUCUCUCUCUCUCUCUCU